AUCUUAUACACUCCACUGCCUCCUUCUCGCUCUGCUGGCUUUUCAUCAACCACGGCUCUUCAUAUUUCUCUUCAGGCACCAUCACAUCAUAAUUUAUAUCUACAUUUUUGUAUCAACAAUAUCGACUUCGAGAUAUCCUUGCAAGAUUACUACACAAGUCCUGAUCCAUUGAUCACUCGAUUGAAGAAGGCUACGACUUUCAUAUCAACUUUGGUUGAGUAUGAAAAAUUCUCCAGAAUCGAAGCCUCUGGACUGUCUAGUUCAGUCGUCACCCAAGUCUAUAUGCCCAAUUUCGGCUUUCCUGACGCCUCUGAUCCAAACUUCAACUGGAAUUUCGUCAAUGAAACUACAACUAGCACGCCAUUGUGGCCUGCCACUCAGUCACUGCCAUAUUUUCCGGCUGUGCAACCUUCGGUCGCUGUCCCGAUGAGCGAAGCUACAAUGGCUCAGCCAGGACAUCUUCCAUCUGGGAUUAUCCCGGAUCAUCAACUCAGCAGCACGACGAACCAUCAAACUGUGCGCCGCAGGAGGGCACGCCAGGGUUCUCGCAAUGCAAGAAACCGUGUGCCCUGCGACCAGCCAGAUUGCAGGGCAACCUUUGGUCGGCCUCAAGAUUUCCGCCGUCAUCUGAGGACUGUGCAUAGCCCCAAUGAAGCUGUGGAAUUUCGUUGCACAUUCUGCAGCUACACUUACCCUCGACUAGACAAGGUACAGGAACAUAUGGAAAAGAUGCAUGGCAGACGCAUUGAAUGA